UAUAAUGAUUUGAAAAAGCAACAAGUAUCUAUCUACUAUCUUUCUAUUUUCAAUCUUGUAAAUGGUAAUCAAUCUAACCUAUAAAAUUGUACAGCAAUCAUAUUAUGUAUUUUAGACUUUUGAAUGUGAAUCGUUUUUUGAGUUCGUUAGUGCGUGUCUCCAAAAUAAACAGUAUGAAUUACAAUAAAUGUUAUUUAAGAUACAUUGAUACCGAAGACAAAGUAGAUAUAUCCUUUCUAUUUAAAGUAAAGGAUUCAUAUCGUCUUUUUAAUUUGAAACGUAAACCAUCUGAAAGUAUGCAAACAUUAUAUACACGUAUCGCUGCAAAUGUUCAAAAAGCUUGCAGCAAGAAAAAUAAGAAAAAAGGUAUGAUUGAAGAAGAUAUAGAUGUAAAAAUAUUGGAUGAAAGAGACAAUAUUGUUUCUGAAGAUUGUACUUGUUCGGAAUUAUUUACUCUUAAGGAACCAUUAAAAUUAAUAAUUUCUGAACAGUGUCUAGAUGUAGUUUUAAAUGCACCUUGGGUUAUUAAUCUUUCACUGCCAAAAAGCAUAAUGGUAGAUUUCCCAGUCUUUCCUGAGAAUCUAGAGACUCUGUAUGCAGAAAAAGAACUCAAUAUAUACAACUGGUAUAGAGGAAAAGUUAAUAAUAGCAAAGGUAAUGAACUAAGUGAUGUACAUGUUGAAUGGAACUUUAUUGUAAGUAGUUUUUCCUACACACCUAAAUCAGAAGAUAUUGGACUAAAACUAAAAUUAGAAUGUAUUCCAGUGAAUGCAAAACUUAGCGGACCUGUUGUAGAGUGUAUCUCAAAAAAUUUAGUUGAAGCUGGACCUGGAAGCUGUCCAUUUGAAACUAGACAUAUGUUUACACCUACAAAGUUAAAAGGCAAAAGAUUUAGAUGUGUGUCAUACAAUAUUUUAGCAGAUUUAUACUGUGACUCGGAUUAUACUAGAACCGUACUACACCCAUACUGUCCACCAUAUGCAUUGCAAAUUGAUUAUAGAAAACAGCUCAUUAUGAAAGAAUUAAAAGGUUACAAUGCUGAUAUAAUUUGUCUGCAGGAAGUUGAUGGCAAGAUAUUCAAUAAAUGUCUUAAACCCUUUUUGGAUAGUGACAAUUUCAAUGGGUUAUUUUAUAAAAAAGGAAAAACUGUUGCGGAAGGUUUAGCUUGUUUUUACAACAGGCUCAGAUUUUGUUUAAUAGAAGACUUUCACAUUUUAUUAGCCAAAGUGUUAGAAAAAGAGAGUUAUCUCAAAAAUAUCUUUGAUAUAAUAAAAAAUAACACUGCUUUGAUGGAAAGGUUACUUGAUAGGUCAAGUGUUGCCAGUGCUACUGUACUACAGUCAAUUGAAAACCCUAAUGAAAUUCUUGUUGUUGGGAACACUCAUUUGUACUUUCAUCCUGAUGCUGAUCACAUCAGAUUGAUUCAAGGUGGAAUAUUUAUUUAUUGGAUAGGAGAAAUUAAGAAAAAAUUAAUUGAAAAGAAUCCAGGUAAACGGAUAAGUGUAAUUUUGUGUGGAGAUUACAAUAGUGUCCCCUCAUGUGGAAUAUAUCAGUUGUUCACUACAGGCUUAGCACCAAGUUCUUUGGAGGAUUGGAAAUCAAAUGCAAAUGAAGCUGUGCAUGAUCUUACUUUGUCUCAAGAUAUUUUACUUGAUAGUGCUUGCGGAACACCAAAAUAUACAAACUUUACACAAGGAUUUGCUGAAUGCAUAGACUACAUUUUUUAUGAAAAGAACAAUCUUUCUGUUAAUCAGGUGAUUCCACUUCCAAAUGAAGAAGAGUUGAAAGCUCACAUAGCAUUGCCCAGUGUUGUAUUUCCAUCAGAUCAUAUAGCACUUGUAUCAGAUUUAGAAUUUAAAUAAAUAAACUCUAAACUUUUA